UUAUACUGUGCUAGUUUUAACCUUUAUAUACAUGUAAAUGUAUUCAUUUCAUAUUUACGCGGAUUUUGUAAAGUGUUUAUUCAUCUUUUGAGCAAUGACAUACCUUUAAGGCUGACUGUUGAAACGCAUAUUAAAAUUAGCAAUAAUAUCAGUAUUUGACCUACAUAUAUUACAUUGAAUCCGUUGGACGGUGAUAAAAUUUGAUCAGGGCAGAUAAACAAGUCACUGUCAGUUUAGGGUCAUUAUCAUACUUUUGUUAUUAUUUGUUUAACGGAUAUUUAUACAUGUUAUAAGAUAUACACAGCAGAAAAGUGUUCCAACUGAUUGGUACAGAAUUGUGUGGCUGAAAACAGAAUGUCGAAAGCAACCAGCCUAGCAGCAUUACGUUUCAAAGACAGGGUAGCCAUAGUAACGGGUGGAGUACAAGGCAUCGGUCGAGGAUGUGUAGACGUGUUUGUUGAACAAGGAGGAAAAGUUGCUGUUUUCGACAUAAAAGAUGAUGUUGGAAAGGCGAUGCAGUCAAAUGGACCAGGGGAGAUUAUAUAUUUUCACUGUGACAUGAGAAAAGAAGAAGAGGUUAAGACCUGCAUAGAAGAAACAGUGAAAAGGCUAGGUAAAAUUGACUGCCUUGUGAACAACGUCGGCUGUUAUAAUGGACCAAAGAGUAUAGACGAAUACACUGUGCAGGACUUUCGAAACCUUUUGGAUGAUAAUCUCGUUAGUAACUUUACUGCAAGCAAGUAUGCCCUGCCACAUAUUCGGAAAACAAAAGGGAGCAUCGUAAACAUAUCCAGUAUAAGUGCUAAUGCUGCGUUCAAGAAUUCAACAAUUUACUGUGCCACAAAGGGAGGUGUCAAAUCAUUGACGAAAGCACUGGCUAUCGACGAGGCCAAGCAUGGCGUGAGGGUAAACUCCAUAGCCCCUGGAUGCAUUGAAUCCCCUCUUCUGAGACAGACAUGGUCAACAGAGAACUUAGAAACUCUUGAACGUUGUCAUACAAUUCAGAGGAUUGGUCAACCUCGAGAGAUUGGACUUGCGUGUCUGUUCUUGGCAGUUGACGCCACAUUCACCACGGGAGAGGAACUCAUGUGUACAGGAGGUUGUGAAAUAGGCUACGGCGUUAAAAAUACAGGCUUACCCUGCUGAAGAAGGUUGCUCACCUUUUCGCGUGAAUUAUUGACACAACUCUGCAGAAAGUUUCAUUGAUAUACAAAAUGUACAUCUAUGUAUGUGUAGAUGGAAACUGCAUAAUUCAUUUAUAUAUUUACAUUGUAUCAUCUGUGACAAGUACUAUUAGUUUCACUUCAUGUAGAAUAAUGGAUCAUAUUUGUGCAAGACAUGUUUACAUAUACACCAGCCUCUGUAUAAUUUAUUAUCUAUAAUAAAAUCAAAACUUUCAAAUAA